GAGCGGCCGAGCGAGCGCUAUGUCCGUGUGUGCGCCGCGCGCCUGCUGCCGGCCGCGCGCCCCACCGACGCUGCUCGACAUCACAGCCAAAAUAGUUGCUGCUAACAUCCCAUUUCAACGUAUCGAGGAACGCUAUGAGCGUAUACCGGAGCCGGUUCAGCGGCGUGUCGUGUACUGGUCCUUCCCCCGGGAUGAACGGGACAUCUGCAUGUACUCUUCCCUGGCGAGAGCGCCGCCGGACGACCACCGCAACAUCGCCUUCUGCCGAGGCCUCAAGCUGCUGGAGGCCGGCUGCGUGGAGAACGUGCUACAAGUCGGAUUCCAUCUCAGCGGCGUGGUGCGUGCCCCGGCGACCGUCCCGCCAUGUUCUGAACCAGAGAGGUUAUACAGGGUUACAGUGUCUUUCGACAGAUGUAAGAUAACAGGAGUGACGUGCAGCUGCGAUGCGCGCGACAUCUUCUGGUGUCAGCACGUUGUUGCGCUCGCCCUGUACCGCAUCAGAAACGCAGACUCCGUCAGACUGAGAGUGCCUAUAUCAGAAACGCUCCUACAAAUGGAUAGGCAGCAACUACAGAAGUUCGUCCAGUACCUGAUAGCGGAGCAUCACACCGAAGUGCUGCCGACGGCCCAGCGGUUAGCAGACGAGGUCUUGCAGGCCAGGUCUGCUAUAAACAGGAUCUGUGGAGCGCCUGAUCCGACCGCCGGACCCCCGCCGGACGCGCACCAUGCUUGGCAUUUAGAUGAGCAACAGGUUUGUGAGCAAGUGCGGGCGUAUCUAUUACAGGGGACAUAUUACAAUGCAAAUAAGCAGCUCAACUCGUUAUUUUCAAAGGUGAGGGAAAUGCUCCGAGCCCAAGACUCGAAUGGCCCUCGUAUGCUGAUGCUAAUGACUGAGCAAUUCCUCUCGGACCCUCGACUCCUGCUGUGGCGGAACCAGAACACGCCCAUGACUGAGAAAUGCAGGCAGCUGUGGGAACAACUGGGUGCUUUAUGGGUCAGCAUAGUUUUGGACCCAGGCAGCAAUAAUCAUCAUAGGAUGCAGUGGAAAAUUUUGUUGGAAAAGUGGUCUGCGGUUGAAGUGUGCCCGACGGAAGAUCCGGAUUAUAGGUCGUUCCCUUUGUACGCAAGAGAAAGAGAAAGAAACGAGAGGGACAGAGACAGAGAUCACAGGGACCGCGAUCGGGAGAGACAUCGAGAUAGGGAAGAAAGGGAUAGGGAGAGGUUACGGGAAAGGGAGGAACGAGACAGGGAAAGACAUAGAGAUAGAGAAAGGCAAAGAAGAGAAAUGCACUCUCACUCUGAGAGCUCUGACGAGGAGUCCCGCCCGAACAGCUACGAGAGGGAAUACAGGCGGGCGAGCAAACGACUAAGGCUCAACAACCAUAGGUCGGCGCCGCAAACCACGCCGAGAACCGUGUUCCAUAAAGCUUUAGACGCCGUAGACAUUUCGUGGGAGAAUGAACACCUGAAGAAUAUCCUCGGCAGUGAUGAGUACUAUGACCCCGAGAAGCCUUCCGAGAAGGCGGGCGGGUCGGCCAUAACCGCACCACAACCUUACCCCAAGUUCAACGACCUUGGUCAGCCUUUGUGGCAUGAACAUUUGCCAGUGGUGGGCGCUCGGAUAGAAGCGCUCCGAGCACACGGGCGAGCACCCGCUGCCUUGAGACUGGCGGUCAGCGCGGCCCGAGCUAUGAGGCAUCGACAGGAAGUCGCCCAACACCGGUGGCACGAAGCCGGCGGCGGGGAGGCCUCGUCCUCGCACAGCAGCGCGCCGUGCCCGGGCGGGGACAGCUGCGGCGGCGGCUGCGGCGAGCGCGCGCGGCUGUCGCUGGUGUGCGCGCACAUGGACUCGGGCGGCUGCCUGCCCGGCGGCAGCACGUGCGCGCUCAGCCACCACCAGCGCUGCAUCGGCAGAGACAGCAGAUGCUGGACGGGCUGGACGCUGGAAGCCAUCUGGUGCGUGUACGAGUGCCUCGCCGACGCGUGCCUCGCGCCGGACGACCAGCGCGCCUCGCCUCGGCUGCACACCGCCUAUCUGGAUGAGGAGCCCAACACUGGCUUGCCACCUAGGUACCAACACGUACCAGUGGCAGGCAGUAAAAACCCAGAAGAGACUUACCUAGCGUUGGCUCUUGAAGCAGCUUUAUUGGGACUGGGCGUGCAAAGGAUGUUACCUAAUGGGUUGUAUGCGCAGGAGAGGUAUUGUAAGCAGGAGGAGCGCCUAAUAUCGCAACUCCAACGCGUGGAGGGCGAGGCGGCGGGCGGCGUGUGCGCGCGGGCGGCGCGCGCGCUGCUGGCGGGCGGGCCGGCCUCGUGCCUGGGCGCGCGCGUGCACCCCCGCGCCGCGCCCGCGCACACCUUCGCCAGGUUCCUGUUCCUGGCCCUGUUGCCCGCCGACCCUGACCUGGCGUACCGGGUCGGACUGAGAGCUAUGAGAUUACCGAUGGUAGAAGAGGCGUACGCGCUAGACGGCGCGGGCAGCGCGGCCGGCGCGGUGGGGGGCGCGGGCACCGCCUGGCACACGCUGCAGCACGCCGAGCAGCAGCAGGCGGCGCUGGCGAGCGCGCUGCUCGGAGCGGCCCGAGGCAACCCGGGCCGGCUGCGCGCUGCGCUGGCGGCGGCGCAGCGGCACGUGCGCUCGGCCGCGCAGCUGUUCCGCCUGGCGCAGGACACGCUGCGGCACGCCGCGCCGCCCGACGCGCCGCACCACCACCGCGACCUGCUGGCGGCCGCCUUCGAGCUGGGGCUGCAGGUACUACGGAUGACACUAUCAUCAUCAAACUGGCGGAGACGAGAAAUGGUCCGGUGGUUGGUGACGUGCGCGACUGAAUUGGGACUUGACGCGUUACUCUCCAUCAUGCAGAACUGGUACGAACUGUUCACGCCCACGGAAGCCACUGGUCCGGUGGCAGCCGCGGCGAUGUCUCACGCUACAGCCUUAAGGUUGGGUCUCAGCUUCGAACAGCAGGAGAAGCUCAGCGCAUGCGCCAGGACCCUCGCCUUGCAAUGCGCUGCUAAGGACCCGCCCGGCUGCGCUCUAAGCGCGUUGUCCGUAUGCGAGGGCUCGGCCGGCGCGUUCGAAGCCGCGUGCGCAGCGGUCGGCGGCGCGGCGGCGCGCGGCGCGCUCGCUUCCAGCACGCUGUUUGCUGUGGCCAGAUAUAUGGAGCAGAGGGGGCAGCCAGCCAGGGCUAUGAGACUAGCGACCUUGGCGAUGAGGAACCUCCAUUUACAUUACAAUCAGGACAGUCACCCAGCGAUAGCAGACAUCCACUGGGCAGUAGCACUCGCCCAUUCACUCGGCCGAGCGGAGCUGCAAGCGAUGUUGCCGCUACUCGUCAAGAAUGUGCAAUGUGCGCCUGUGCUGUCGGACGUGCUGCGGCGGUGCUGCGUGGCGGCGGCGGGCUGCUCGCGCGCGCGGCCGGCGCCGCCGCGGCCGCCCACGCCGCUGCGGCCGCUGCUGGAGGCGGCGCUGCGGGCCUACGCCUCCACCACGCACGCGAGGCUCGCGCACAUAUCUCCCAGGCAUUACGCGGAUUUUGUCGACUUCCUUGGCAAAGCCCGCGAUACCUUCGCACUUGCCCAUGAUGGACCUCACCAAUUCGCUGCCUUACUGCAGGAAAUCAAACUCAAGUACAAGGGCAAGAAGAAACUCAUGUUCCUCGUUAAAGAAAGAUUUGGCUGAACCUUGCCUGAUUUAAAAUCGGUUUGAAAAAUAAUAACGUCAAAUUUGAAUUUCGGAACUGUCAGCUCUGACAAAAAUAGGGCUGUCGAUGUUAGUUUUUUGAUUUUUUUUAUCCCAGUAUUUAAAAAACGUUGUUUUGUUUUUAUUUUUCGUUUAAAACACAGAAAUGUACCUACAAUGCGAUUGUUUUGUUUCAGUUUUUUAAAUUGAUUUUUGUUAACACAGUGCAAUACAAAACUGUAAAUAAAUUAAUUAUAUUGGAUUAUAGUUGUAAAAUAUGGCGGCACUCACUGACAUGGAACAUAGGAUUCGAAAAAAUUACCAGUACCUACGGUAAACGUUAUUACCUCAUGUAUGGUACACAAUGUGUACCUUUCGUGUACCAAUCCAGUCUAUUCUAAGUAUUAUUUUUAUUUAAUAAAACUACUUUAACUGACCUCGUAAAUGUCAUUUUAUAUUGUAAGUAAUAAAUAUUGUAAUGAUCUCAAUGAUUCCAUUUGUGUAAAUAGUUAUAGGGUUAUGUAAAUAUAGCGCAAUGUAAGUAAAUUUAGAACUGAGGUAUAGCUGUCAUAAGUAGGCAUCUUGCGUUUUGUGUCCGCAAUAUAAAAAUUUUAUAAAUAAUAAGCGACCGAUUCAUUUGUGAAUACAAAACGCGAUUUAAUGUAGACAAAUAGUAAACGCCAAUCUUAUAGCGUCCAAUAGCAAUGGAUAUCAUUAAAAUGAAACGAUACAACACCAAAGAAAUAUUAUAAGUCCAAGUGUGAGAUAAACGAUGCCAUCAUUGUUUCAGUAUUCUUGAGUAUUCAAUAUAUAUAUAUGUAUAUAUCUAGUUGAAUAUGUUUUAACUGUUUUUAGUUGAUUAACUGUUCCAAUGACUUUUGUUGAACUUUUUUAAACCCAUCCAUCCAUAUUAAAUAAAUCGUAUAUAUUUUUAAUUUCAGAAUAGUAAUUAUAAAACCCAUUUAAGUUCUCAAAUAGGUGUUAAAUUUUAACAAGAAGUGCAUUUAUAAAGAUAGAAAAUGUAUUUAAUAUAAAGGGUGAUGUUUGGAUAGUGUUCAAAGAUUAGGGUUGAAGGAGCGAAGUGAAGUGUAAUUUAUAAGCUUAUGUGAAGGACUUUUGUACUUUUUGUGGUGUGUGGGAGGGUUGUGCUAACGCAAAUUAUAUAUGUCUGCAUUAUUACUGAAAAGUAAACUAAUUUCAUUUAAUAAUUUUUAAAAUACAUUAAAUAACUAUAAAAACCAACAAUUGCCAACCCUGUGAUGUGUCAAAUCAGAAUCAAAACUAUGAAAAUGCAAAAUUGAGAAUAGGCUGAGUUGAGUUUUUCUAACUAUAAUAAUAUAAUAUCUUUUUCACGAUUGGUCCUAAAAGAUAAUUAUUUACUUUGGUCUUAAACUUGAGUGACUUCUUCGCUACGUUCGCUCGCUUAUGAUAUAUAAGUUUAUCUUGUUACCACAACAUUAGCAAGCAAGAGAAGCGAGCGGUCAAUUAAGUUUAAAACGAAAUUAAAUAAUACCUCUUUUACCCAAUCGCGAAUUGAAACAAUCGCAUACCAAUGAUUCCUAGGUAUUCUUUUUAAGUUUAUUAUUCUGUCUUCAAAUACGAGCACACAUUUUUCUCAGCGAUUUCUAGGUUUCCAUUCAGGAAGUUGGGAUAUACAUAUUUUAUGUAGAGUGAUGCCACAUUCCGGGCAGAAGGUGAAGUUUAUAAUCUAAGACUUAUCAUUACCUUUUCCUACUUUUCAACUAACAGACUGUCAAUUCUAAGUUCUGCUCGGAAUAUUUCUCAUCUGAUUUUCUCAUUGAUGUCAACAAAACGAAACAAUAGCUUUUUAUUUUACUAGCGAAAGGAUCAAAUCAUUGAAUUAUGCGAUCUUAUUCUUUUAGAAAAAAAUAG